AUGAUAGUUACUUCAGAGAGAAAACUCUAUAUAUGGAAAGUAAUAGAUAUUAGUAUAGAGAAAGAGAACUAUCUUAAAGUAAUAGAAAAAACAGAAGAUAUGAUUGACGAAUUAAAGAAUAUAAAUAUAAAUAUAAUUGUAAUUGUUACAGACAGUACAGGAUCAUAUGCUGCUGCUAGGCAAAGAUUAAGGCAAAAUUAUAGAGAUAUUAUAUUUCUCCCUUGUUAUGCUCAACAGCUAAACCUGUGUAUAGAUGAAGUAUUUAAAGAAUCAACUAACUUAAAAUGUACAAUAGAUAAAGCAAUUCAACUAGCUGUAUACUUUAAAAAUGCAAAUAACAAAUAUUUUAUUGAGCAAUUAUAUAAUCAACAAAAAAUAAUAUAUGAAAG